CAGCCAUUGAGGCAGCGAAACGAUCACACUUCCCUGCCAUCUACGAAAUCCGACCGCGCGAUCACAAUGAGGCCCACCCAAUUUCUCCGGAGCGGAGGCGGCGAGUGGAAGCCCGGCCAGUACAUGAGCGGCACCUGGGGCGCCAUCGGCUCUCCGCCACAAAAGGGCAUCGUGCACUACGGCCUCUCCAACAACCGACUGAAGCCCUUGGCCGGCGCCACGCAGGCCGCCAUCUUCAACACCUUCCGACGAACGCGAAACCAGAUCCUCUUCUGGUCUGUGCCGAUGCUGAUCGGGUAUGAGUUGAUGCAGUGGGCGACGGAGAGGAAUGAGUACCUGAACUCGAAGGAGGGCCGAGAGUUAUAUGGCGGUGCGGUGUAAGCUGGCUAAGCUGAUAGUCGGUGGUGGAUUGGCGGGCGAGAACAGCAGCAGCAUUGUCAGUGUAUAUAAACAGCGUUUCAGAUGACAAGGUGCUCUCUGAACCACCAGAGUCCUCUUCUUCAAACAACCUACAGUUCAGUCUUCUCCCG